AUCACCUUAGAGCUGCGCGAGCGGCCCAAUGAGGUCACGCGGAGGAGGGCCGUUGCUAAGGAGGAGGUUUGGUUGAGUCUCUGCGUAGCACCCAUUCAGCGGCGGUGGCUGAAGCGAUUGGACUGCGAGGGCUUCUCUGAGACUUUUUGUGGAAUUUGAAUUAUUUUGACUCAGCACGGCUCGCAGUUCAUAGGUGACGGCUUCAGGGGGACAGCUUGUGGGUCGCAGAGGUGGUCACAGGGAGCGCCGCGAUGAAUAAGCUACGGCAGAGCUUCCGGCGCAAGAAAGACAUCUACGUGCCGGAGUCGAGCCGGCCUCACCAGUGGCAGACGGAUGAGGAGGCGGUCCGCAGCGGCAGAUGCAGCUUUGCAGUCAAGUACUUGGGGCAUGUGGAAGUGGAGGAAUCGAGAGGCAUGCACAUCUGCGAGGACGCGGUGAAACGGCUUAAGACGGACAGGAAAUUCUUCAAAGGAUUCUUUGUAAAAGCUGGAAAGAAGGCAGUGCGAGCUGUGUUGUGGGUGUCGGCUGAUGGUCUUCGUGUUGUUGAUGACAAAACAAAGGACCUGAUCCUGGAUCAGACGAUAGAGAAGGUUUCGUUCUGCGCUCCUGACAGGAACUUUGAGAGGGCGUUCUCUUACAUCUGCAGGGACGGCACCACACGACGCUGGAUCUGCCACUGUUUCAUGGCCAUUAAAGACUCGGGAGAGCGACUCAGCCACGCUGUGGGCUGUGCGUUUGCCGCUUGUCUGGAGCGAAAACAGAAGCGGGAGAAGGAGUGCGGCGUCACGGCAACCUUUGAUGCCAACAGAACCACUUUUACUCGGGAAGGCUCAUUUCGUGUUACCACAGCAACGGAGGCUGCAGAGAGGGAAGAAGUCAUGAGACAAUUGCAGGAUGCUAAGAAAGCAGAGACAGACGUGAAUGUUGUCGGGAACUCUGCCAACAGCGUGACAAACUCCUCGGUGCUCCAGUCAGGAAGCUCCCCGUCGCCCUCGUCCUCUCCGCCUCUCUCCGUAGCUGCGCUGGGGCCUCAGGUGAUACCCCGCAGACACGCGCCGGCCGAGGCCCUCGCCCGCCAGGGCUCCUUCAGGGGCUUUCCGGCCCUCAGCCAGAAGACCUCCCCCUUCAAACGACAGCUAUCGCUGCGCAUGAACGAGCUGCCCUCCACCAUGCAGCGAAAAUCAGACUUCCCUAUUGAAAACACAGUCCCUGAGGUGGAAGGAGAAAACGACAGCAUCAGUUCGCUGUGCACUCAAAUCGCCACGGCGUUCAGCGGGCCCCCUGAGGACCCGUUCUCUUCUGCUCCGAUGCCCAAACCGGCAUCCUCUCCUCAGUCCCCUGUGGCACCAGUGAAUGGCACCAUGCCUGCCUUCUCCAUUGCUGCCGCUGCCGCCGCCUCCAACCCCGCCGUCCUGCACCCCGCUCUGCCUACGCGAGAGACUAACCCCUGGGCCGCAAACCCGGCGGGGCCCGCUGCCCCUGCACUCCCAGGAGGAGACUGGACAUCAGCGACGCCAGCGAUGGUAGCCCCUCCCACUGCCUCUCCAGCCAUGUCCGCCCACAAACGCACACCAUCAGAAGCCGACCGCUGGUUGGAAGAAGUCACCAAAUCAGUCCGCGCGCCGCAGUCUAAACCAAUCGCAGCAGGAGGCACGCCUCCCCCACAGCCAUUUGCUGCCCCGGUGCAUAUGCCUAUGGCUCCAGUCCCUGGCGUUCCCGCAGUGCCCUUUAUGCCUUCCCUGCCCCCUUCCGUCCCCAUGGUGCCCCCCCGCCAAACCGCUUUCCACCCCCCAGCGGCGGCCUCUUACCCGGUGUCCAACGGUCUGCCGUUCCCGCAGCCCAGUGUUCCCGUGUUUGGCAUAACUCCCUCGCAGAUGGUGGCCAACGUGUUCGGCUCCGCCACCCAGCCGCAGCCAUUUCCCAUCCCGGCUGCCGCCACCAUGCCACAGACUGGUGACGCUCAGGUCGUCAAUAAUGUCUCCCCAUACGUCAAACCCCCGGCACCCAUCGAGGUUCACAUCCAGCCCCCGAACGGCAGGGCCGCCUUCAACGGCUCCGAAGGCUGGGCGGCCUCGUCUUCCCAGUAUGGCCAGCCUGCACCGGCACAGCAAGAAGACGCGUUCGAAGCCCAGUGGGCGGCGCUGGAGAACCGCCCGCACCAGCGCACCACCCCGUCCCCCACAAACCCCUUCUCCACCGAGCUGCACAAGACUUUUGAGAUCCAGCUGUGAUCACAGUGCCAUCAGAAAGCACCAGGUAGCUGUUGGCGGACUCGAUGGAGUCGCCCCGCCCUUUCCUGCUGCCGUUUUAUUGGACACCCACUGCAGGGGUGGUCAGGGCGAAAAAGUACGCUGUGCAGCGUCAAGGGGGGGGUGAAAAGUAAAACAAAACAGGUUGUUGUGAAGACAUUCAUGGCUCCUCAGGCAUUUUCUUUUGUAUUGUCUGUAUUGUUUUGUUUGUGCUUGUGGAGCGCAAGGUUAUCAUUACCCUGUGGAGCGCAACUCCCUUCUGCCAGCUAGCUUCGCUCACCGAGGCCCUCUGCUGGCGGGCGAGGGACGCUGCACUGAGAGAACUCAACUUCCAGAUGAGAAGUCCUCCAUAAAAGCCUCCCAAUCAGAAGACAAGAGCCAGACAAUGCCAAAAUCUUUAUUUUUAUGCAUCAAGUAUAUUUGAAAUAGCUUUGGGAUCUAACAAAAGAGAUGUAAGUAAUCUUGCCAAAGGCACGGGAUAGUUACAAUGUUCAUGUACACAAGAAAAGAUCAUGUAUAUUAUACAUAAAUAUAUAUAUAUAUCUAAAGAAUCUAUACUGUACACAGAGCUCACAGCAGUGCAAAUUUUUAAUGUGAUGUAAGGAGAUUUUUUUGUGAAGGGAUAGCUGCUUUUUUGAGUGUGCAUUUUUUCUCCCCCUAAUUUUUAACAAAAAAAAAAUCUUGAUGCUGUUUGUUCCAUCUCCUAACUGAAUGGGGGGGAAAAAAAACACAAUAUCUCACCGUGACAUGGGGUAUCUGUGCAGCAACAAUCAGCUUGAACUCGGCCAUGGUGGUGGUGCCUGUAUGGUCUCUUACUUGUCCUUAAUUUUUAACAAUUUAGGACAAAUUAGUACUUUUUUUUUUGUAGCACCAAUCUUGUUUUAUAUUAUUAUUAUUAUUAUUAUUAUUUAACAAUCUGGUUUUACCACCUCCUCCUGGGGGAUUUUUUUUAAUAUAGUUGAUUUUUGUUUUGUUUUAUUAUUUUUUUUCUGCACAUGCACUAAACCAGAUCAUUUGUGAGCUUGAUUAACAUGGGCUGGUCAAUCAUGGUGCUGUGGUAGCUGAUCUGGCCCGGUUUCUGUUAGCAUACCGUUAGCUCUGACGGGCAGCAGAACCCCCACUGGGAGGAAAAGAAGAUUUUUUUUUUUUCCCAUCCGCUCUAUUUGAUUUUCUCUCUUUUUAUUAUUUUUUUUUUUUUUAAUCAAACCUGCAAAUAUGAUCAAUUCUCUGAUCUACUUUUCCAUUUUGUAAGUAUUUCAUUUCUUUAUUCCAGCUCUUUGGAAGAAAAAACUGAAGCUAAUGGGGUUGAAUAAAUUUAUGGUGAUAGAAGAAAAA